CACUGCUUGCAGUACAGUGCAUUGCAAACGGUCUGUUGGUCGUGGUCUCUUGCAGUGAAAGUUGAGUCCACUGUGGGUGUGCACCGAGAUCAGUCGAGAGGGUUGUUGGCAGAAACAAACUCGGCCUCGAGGAUCUCUGCUGAACAUGAAGUUCAUUCUCGCUAUCCUGAUCUGCGUCGCUGUGUGCCAGGCGAGGCCGCAGAAUGAUGACCAUCGCCAUCAUGACCAUACUGAGUACAACAAGUCUGCACCUUGUGUCGGCAAAUGCUCAGAACCGGGACCUGUGACCUUCCACAUGGCGCAGGUGAAGAAGCUGAAAGAGAAGGCCUAUGCCGAAUGCCAUGCUGAGGGAAAGUGCCCACUGAAUGAGCCUUCGAUCCGUCAACGAUCACCGUGUGUAGAUGGCAAGAGUGCUGGCCAGUAUGAGUGUUCCAACGUUGACAUGAUGUCGUAUGUUUCCCUUCGUGACAUGGGGAGCUCUGGUGAUGGUAACGACAUCUGGGGAUGGACUGACGAGCCCGAACCCGGUGUUCGCUUCGAGUACGCCAUUGUCGGUACGCAUGACGGCACUUCAUUCGUGGAUGUGACCAAUGCCGAGGAUCCCACCGUCCUUGGCUUUCUACCUACACACACUAGAAACAGCAUGUGGAGAGACGUCAAGGUCUACGAGAACCAUGCGUUCAUUGUCAGUGAGGCCAGCGAUCAUGGAAUGCAGGUGUUCAAUCUGCUUCGCCUGCGUCAGCGGCCACCAGCCGGCACUGUACCACGCCUCAAAGCCGAUGCCCACUACGGCAAAGUCGGAAACGCACACAAUAUUGUGAUCAACGAAGAAACCGGCUAUGCUUACAUUGUCGGUAGUGAGCAAUAUUGGCAUUUAGAAUACAUCCCUUGCGCUGGUGGACUGCACAUCGUGGACAUCCGUGAACCGCUCUCCCCACGCUUCUUGGCAUGUUAUGGACGCGACUAUUACACUCACGAUGCCCAGUGUGUCAUCUACCAUGGACCGGAUGUGCGUUACUAUGGCAACGAGAUCUGCUUUGCCUACAACGAGAACACACUGACUAUCAUCGACGUCACCAACAAGAAGAACAUGGUCAUGCUGUCGCGUACGAAGUACAAAAAUGUCGCCUACACCCAUCAGGGUUGGUUGACGGAGGAUCACGCCUACCUCAUCUCGAAUGACGAACUCGACGAGAAGUACGGGAAGGUGCAGCACACUCGCAGUCUGCUCUGGGAUGUCAAGAACCUGCAAGCACCUGUUCAUUACAGCUCGUUCAUGUCCACGGAAAAGGCCAUCGAUCACAACCUCUACAUCCGCGGCAAUCUUGCCUAUGAGACUAACUACUGCGCCGGGCUGCGCAUUCUGGACAUCACAGACAUGGCGGAGGGCGCUGAGCAAGUUCGUGAAGUUGCUUACUUCGAUGUUGCCCCAGAUUGGGACUCGGUUUCUUUCCACGGCUCGUGGAGCAGCUAUCCGUUCUUCGAGAGCGGCAACGUCAUUGUCAGCAGCAUCGAGCGAGGCCUGUUUGUCCUGCGCCCCAACCACGAGGCCAUCAAGAGGCUGCAGGAGGAGGCGAAAUUGAAGAGGAAGGCAAUUUCCCACUAAUCAACUCCGCGCUCAGACACAUCAUCGGGAUAUCACAAAAACAUCCCUAUUUUUAAAGUACUUUGGAUGUGUUUUUCAAGAUCUUUCACAUUUUCCCUAAAUUCUCUAUUCAGCUUGCUCUCCCGUGCUCUUUGAUAAUGCUUUGAAAACCUUUUUGUCACUAGAAUUUUCUUCUUAUCGGAUUUGGUUCCCUGGCUUCAGUGAGAUAAAAGGAUGGUACAUAAUGUGUAUGGUGUUCCUUUUCUGGUAGAGGAUGAUGCGCAAUUCAUUAGGUUGCUGUGAGAAAACCAAGACCUGCAAGAUGUGCCAAGGGAAGAAUA